AUGAGCGACGAGGAGUACACUAUCAACUCGGACGACUACACGGAGAAGGCCUGGGAGGCGAUAAGCACGCUGAACAAAAUAGGGGAGAAAUACGAAUCUGCGUAUGUCGAAGCGGAGAUGCUUCUGCUCGCUCUGCUGAAGGACGGACCGGAGGGACUGGCUCAGAGGAUCCUAAAGGAGAGUGGCAUAGACACAGAGCUGCUAAUACAAGAGGUAGAUGAGUACCUGAAGAAGCAACCGAAAAUGCCGAGCGGGUUUGGAGAGCAAAAAAUUUUAGGAAGAACAUUACAAGCAGUACUAGGAACAAGCAAGAGGUUGAAAAAGGAGUUUCACGAUGAGUAUAUAUCUAUAGAGCAUCUCCUCUUGGGGAUCGUUGCAGAGGAUUCUAAAUUCACUCGACCGUGGCUUCUAAAAUAUAAUGUUAAUUAUGAGAAGGUGAAGAAGGCUACGGAGAGGGUUCGUGGGAAGAAGAAGGUAACUUCCAAAACGCCAGAGAUGACUUACCAAGCGUUGGAAAAAUACAGCCGAGAUCUCACUGCCUUGGCAAGAGCAGGGAAGCUAGAUCCUGUUAUUGGGAGAGACACAGAAAUUAGGAGAGCCAUCCAGAUCUUGUCCCGAAGAACAAAGAACAAUCCCAUUCUUUUGGGAGACCCUGGGGUUGGAAAGACGGCCAUCGUCGAAGGAUUGGCCAUCAAAAUUGUCCAGGGGGAUGUGCCAGAUUCGUUAAAGGGGCGCAAGUUAGUAUCUCUAGAUCUGUCCUCUCUCAUCGCGGGAGCGAAGUACAGAGGAGAUUUUGAAGAGAGACUGAAAUCCAUUUUGAAAGAAGUGCAAGACGCAGAAGGACAAGUCGUCAUGUUUAUCGAUGAGAUUCACACUGUAGUCGGGGCAGGUGCAGUGGCUGAAGGGGCACUAGAUGCAGGGAACAUCCUCAAACCUAUGCUCGCAAGAGGAGAGCUCAGAUGCAUCGGGGCAACGACUGUAAGUGAGUAUAGGCAGUUUAUAGAGAAGGACAAAGCCCUGGAGAGGAGGUUCCAACAAAUACUAGUGGAACAACCAAGUGUUGAUGAAACGAUUAGCAUUUUAAGAGGACUGAAGGAACGAUACGAGGUGCACCACGGGGUGCGUAUCUUAGAUUCUGCACUCAUCCAAGCAGCUGUCCUAUCGGAUCGCUACAUCAGUUAUAGGUUUCUCCCAGAUAAGGCCAUAGACCUAAUCGACGAGGCAGCCUCCAAUUUGAAGAUCCAGCUGUCCAGCAAGCCCAUUCAGCUGGACCACAUCGAGAAGCAGCUCGUCCAGUUGGAGAUGGAGAAGAUCUCCAUCCUGGGGGAUAGUCCGCUGGGGGGGGGGGCCAAGCACACCAAUCCGCUUAACACACCGCUGAACGCCGCCCCCCCAGAGGAGCCACCCGUGGACUACUCGCAAAGCCCCAACUUUUUAAAAAAGAAAAUCAACGAGAAGGAGAUCGCCCGGCUGAAGAUGAUCGACCACCUCAUGAGCCAGCUGAGGAAGGAGCAGAGGAGCAUCCUGGAGUCCUGGUCGUCCGAAAAGAGCUACGUAGACAACAUCCGAGCUGUGAAGGAACGAAUUGAUGUGGUCAAAAUAGAAAUAGAAAAAGCGGAGAGGUACUUUGACCUUAAUAGAGCUGCUGAGCUCAGAUUUGAGACCCUACCGGAUCUAGAGAAGCAGCUGAAAAAGGCAGAAGACAACUACCUAAAUGACAUUCCAGAAAGGAAUAGAAUGCUCAAGGAUGAAGUGACUAGCGAGGAUAUUAUGCACAUCAUAAGUCUCUCCACGGGCAUUCGAUUGAAUAAGCUCCAGAAAUCAGAGAAGGAGAAGAUCCUAAAUUUAGACAAAGAACUGCAUAAGAAGAUCGUCGGGCAGGAUGAUGCCGUACGGAUUGUUUCCAAAGCGGUGCAGAGGUCUAGAGUGGGCAUGAAUGACCCCAAGAGGCCGAUAGCUUCGCUGAUGUUCCUCGGCCCUACAGGAGUUGGGAAGACAGAACUCUCAAAAGUACUUGCGGACGUCCUGUUUGACACCCCAGAUGCUGUGAUCCACUUUGACAUGUCCGAGUACAUGGAGAAGCACUCCAUCAGCAAACUCAUUGGAGCGGCCCCGGGCUACGUUGGCUACGAACAGGGGGGACUCCUAACAGACGCCGUGAGGAAGAAGCCCUACUCUAUUAUCCUCUUCGAUGAAAUUGAAAAGGCACACCCAGAUGUGUAUAACCUACUCCUCCGUGUAAUUGAAGAAGGGAAGCUCUCAGACACAAAGGGAAACCUUGCAAACUUUAGAAACACCAUCAUCAUCUUCACCUCCAAUUUGGGAAGCCAAAGCAUCCUCGAUCUUGCCAAUGACCCAAACAAAAAGGAGAAAAUAAAACAGCAGGUGAUGAAAUCCGUAAGGGAAACCUUCAGACCAGAGUUCUAUAACCGAAUAGAUGAUCACGUCAUCUUUGAUAGUCUCUCCAAAAAAGAACUGAAGCAAAUAGCAAACAUUGAAAUUGAGAAGGUCGCCAAUAGGCUGAUAGACAAGAAUUUUAAGAUCUCCAUUGAUGAUGCUGUUUUUUCCUACAUCGUCGAUAAGGCCUACGACCCUGCCUUCGGCGCCAGGCCACUCAAGAGGGUCAUACAGUCCGAAAUCGAGACGGAGAUCGCCGUCCGCAUUCUGAACGAGACCUUCGUGGAGAACGACACCAUCCGGGUGACGCUCAGGGACGGCGCGCUGCACUUCGCCAAGGGGUAGAGCGGCGCGGCAGAUGGGCAGUUGGGCAGUUGGUGAGAUGGGCAGCUGGACGAGUUCCCCCAGUUAGCCCAUAAACAUGCGCUUCUUCCCAUAAACAUGCUCUCCCCUGCGGCACCCACUUGUUUGUUCCCCCCUGUUUAUCACCUGUACGACUAACCCCUUCCCCUUUGACCCCCUACUCGUUAACGCUUCUUUUUUUUUAAUUACCCCUCGAGAAAACAUUAAACAUCUGUUUAGCAAAACUGCCCAACGCGACGAAAGGGAUGCGCGUGCGUGUCUCCUUUCCCCGUUAGUCUCUUUACAUUUGCGAAAAGGUAAAAAAAAGAGGAAGUGCAAGUGGAGGAGGAAGCGGCGGUCUCCGUGUGACCCCUCCACUGUGCCACUGCCUGGACGGGUUCCACGCGUACGUCCAUGCGCCGACGAGAAGGCUCACCGGUGCGGAAAAAAGGAAAAAAAAAAAAAGCAGGAGCAACCAUUCGGGUGAGUCUAACUCAUACACACAC